UUUUUUUUUGGUUCGAUUCAAAAAAGUUCGAUAAUAGAGAAAAAAAAUUUUUUUCGAUUUCAUAUUUUGUUAGUUAUUAAUUUCUAUUCAUUCUAUAUCCGGUUGUCUGAUUGAAUCUGUUUAAUGAAAUGGACAAUAAUAAUAAUGGUGACAAUAACAAUGAAUCAUUCAAAACAAAUCAACAACAACAACAACAACAACAACAAAAAAUCACCUUGAGUAAUGGUGUUACAAUGCCAAUGAUUGGCCUGGGAACAUCACAUAGUGGUGGCUAUUCACAUUCAUGUGUUGUUUAUGCGUUGAAACAAUGUGGUUAUCGAUUAAUUGAUACGGCCAAACGUUAUGGAACUGAAGAAUUUAUUUCAUAUGCAAUUAAAGAAUGUAAUAUUGAUAGAAAUGAAUUAUUCUUGACCACUAAAUUAUGGCCAAUUGAUUGUGGAUUUGAAUCAACCAAACAGGCAUUUCGUGGAUCACUUCGUAGACUUGGUAUCGAUUAUCUGGAUCUAUUUCUAAUACAUUAUCCAGAAGUAUCAUCAAAUUGUUGUAAUGAUAAAUGGCAAACAUUAGGCGAUACAUGGCGUGCAUUCGAAUGUCUUUAUGAUGAAGGCCUUAUACGUGCCAUCGGUGUGUCCAAUUAUCAAAUUGAUGAUAUUGAAAAACAAAAUGAAUAUGGUUCAAUGAAACCAUUGGUGAAUCAAAUUGAAUUCCAUCCAUAUCAUUAUCCUAAAGAUGUUGUUGAAUAUUGUUGUGACAAUCAAAUCCAAAUACAAGGCUAUUGUCCUUUGGGUAUGGGAAAUCUUAUCAAUGAAGAACAAGUUCAAAAUAUAGCCAAAUCGAUUGGAAAAACUGCUGCACAAGUUUUAAUACGUUGGUCAUUACAACAUAAUGUACCUACCAUACCGAAAUCAACAAAAUCUGAACGUGUUAAAGAGAAUAUAUCUGUAUUUGAUUUUCAACUUAAUGAUGAACAAAUGAAAAUUCUUGAUUCAUUUGAUAAAGAAAUCAAAUAUCAAGAUAUUAGUACUAUACGUGAAAAAAUUGAUCAAAAUCUACCAGAUGGUUAUAAAUUGGAUAAAAAUCUUCGUGAAAGAUUAUUGGAAAGUUGAAAGUAAUCUACAUGUAUAAAGAGAAAAAAUUCAGAUUCAAAACACAAGAAUAAUUGAACCAGUGCUGCCUUCUAGUUUCAGAAAUGAUUGGUGGAUUUUUUUUUUUUUUUUUUUUGAACAAUAUCAAUAAUCAAUAAACAAAUUGUUGUAUUGAAAAUAUGAA